AGAUGAGAAAUUCCAAUGAUUCUUCGUUCAUUAUCAUGUCGAUUCCUCACAAUCGCUCUUUGUGAUGCUGCGGAACCAUGGAAAUUAGGAUCUCAAGACGAAGCAACACCUAUGAUAGAAGGAAUCAUUGACUUACAUCAUGAUAUCUUUUUCUUCCUCAUUCUUAUUUUGGUUUUCGUAUCACGGAUGUUGGUUCGCGCUUUAUGGCAUUUCAACGAGCAAAAUAAUCCAAUACCACAAAGGAUUGUUCAUGGAACUACUAUCGAAAUUAUUCGGACCAUAUUUCCAAGUGUCAUUCUUUUGUUCAUUGCUAUACCAUCGUUUGCUCUGUUAUACUCAAUGGACGGGGUAUUAGUAGAUCUAGCCAUUACUAUCAAAGCUAUUGGACAUCAAUGGUAUCGGAUCAAGUUUGGGGGGAGGCGGGCGUCGACCCAACCUUAUGAGUAUUCGGAUUAUAACAGUUCCGAUGAACCGUCACUCACUUUUGACAGUUAUACGAUUCCAGAAGAUGAUCUAGAAUUGGGUCAAUCACGUUUAUUAGAAGUUGACAAUAGAGUGGUUGUACCAGCCAAAACUCAUCUACGUAUGAUUGUAACACCCGCUGAUGUACCUCAUAGUUGGGUUGUACCUUCCUCAGGUGUCAAAUGUGAUGCCGUACCUGGUCGUUCAAAUCUUACCUCCAUCUCGGUACAACGAGAAGGAGUUUACUAUGGUCAGUGCAGUGAGAUUCGUGGAACUAAUCAUGCCUUUACGCCUAUCGUCGUAGAAGCAGUGACUUUGAAAGAUUACGCGGAUUGGGUAUCCAAUCAAUUAAUCCUCCAAACCAACUAAACCGGGGAAGCUGAAGCGGAAAUGCAAUUCUCGG